AUGACGCGAGGCCCCCAAGCGGCUCCCAAGGGGUGCCACUGUGGCUCAGACCGUCGCCGUGUGCAGCCCGAGCCUUCUUUGCCAGGCGCGGCAGCCAGGGGCGGCGCGAGGUACCCCCCAGGAACGGCGGCCGCCGCGCAGCGCCGGGCGGCGAUGCGCGCUGCCUUCCUGGGCGCCGCCGCGCUGCAUGCGCGGCCCAUCCUGGUGCGGGCCUCUUGCCAAGGCGCGUCGGACCCGAACGAGCUCCUCGCGCAGCUGACGGCCGCACCCUACCUGAGACUGAUGCGUCCCGACAGCGAGGGCCCACCGACUCGGGUAGCUACCCAACUCUACGUGGAGUCUCUGGAUACAGUCGACGAGAUAGGAGGCACGGUAGAGUUGUCAGGCUAUUGGCGCAUGUCUUGGACGGACCCACGGCUGAAUUUCACAUCGAUUGAUGCCGGUGGCUGCUUCGACAGUCUGCUUCUCUCGCUCGAAGGCAGUACCGUGAAGCCCUUGAAAUCACCCAGAGUUUGGGUCCCAGAUCUGUAUUUCUUUACCGCCCAGAAAGAGUUCUUUGGGUCUUACUCUUUUCGACUGAACGCGGACGGAUCGACAUACAUGUCCGUUCGUUACAAGCAUACAUUUAAAUGCACAUUCAAGUUUAAUUGGAUGCCGUUCGACGAGACAAGCUGUACGAUUGGGCUGAUGUCCUACACGGAGGAUGCCGCCCAGGUUUUGUUGGGUCCCAAGGAUGGCAUCGCGAUCGAGUUCCCAGUCGGGAACAUGGUAACACUUCCGUCGUGGAGUCUCAGGGGCAACGGCCACUCGUUAGAGAUGGCGCAAUACGGCACGGGUGACGACGCCGUGUACUGGCACAUGAUGAAUCUGCAUGUUGUUCUCCAGCGCAAGUCCACUUAUCACUUGUUGAACGACGUCGCCUAUGGUAUUCUCUUCGUGGCAAUGUCAUGGACCAGCUUCUUCGUUGCCCGGACGAACGCCCCUGCUCGGGUCGCCCUCUCGCUCUUGCCCGUGCUGACUAUGGUCAACCACAUCAGGGGCAUUCAGCAGUCCCUGCCGCGCUCCGCCGAGGUGACCUGGCUCAAUUCGUUCCUUGUCGUCAGCCUGAUCUACAACAUCGCUGCGGUCCUCGAGUACGGCCUGGUGUCCUACCUGCUGGGCAAGGAGGAGCAGCGUGCCCAGAGGUUGACCGUCCUCCGCGAGCUCUCAAAGCACCUGGAGCAGCACCACGAGGAGAAGUCGGUACGUUUGACGAGCAAGACCUUCGGGAAACCAGUCCAUGACGAGCUCGAGAAGGGGGACAUCAUCCCCGGCGCCUCAGACUCAGACGACGGAUCGCCUGUUCAUCACGCACCCUGCUUUGAGGAGCAUUUGGACGAGACGGACCUGCUGCCGAGCCAGAAACGCAACUUGGAGGACUCGAUGAAGCUGUUCGACCCUCAGAAGGACGGCUACGUCAGUAAAGAGGAGAUGCGUUCUGGCCUACGUCAUUUUAACAUCUACUACACCGCGGAGCAGGUGACGGAGAUUUUUGGGAAGUACCACGUGACAUCGAGCAAGGGCAUGCCGCGUGGCAGGUUCCUCAUGUACCUGAAAGAGUUGCCUUCUGCUACUCCGACGAUGGCCCGGGGGUGGCUGGAUCAGCCGCCCUCCAUGAUCGUGGACAUGUUCUUUCGGUACAACUAUAUCCUGAGCUACGCUUGUGCAAUCGGUAUCAUGUUCUGCGUGAUCGCUGUGGCGGACUGA